AUGGCAGCUGCGACGCCCCGAGCUGCAUUUGCACUCUCCUUCGCGUCUUCACUGUAUCCUUCCGACGAGAAUAGACUCCAUACUUCUCAGUCGUAUUUGUCAAUCCGGAGACGCACUUCAGAGUGCCAGUUUGGGGACGUCCCAGCUGCACCACCUGGUGAAGCGACCCAGGCGCAAAUAGCCGAUCAGACGUGUUCAAGAACGUUUUUGAGUCCGGAAAGCAGCCGUGAUGUAUUCGGCGACGAGUAUGACAGUCACGAGCGUGAGCCGUCUUGGAGCGGGAGCCUUUUUGGGCCGAUUCUAGAGGAUAUGCAGAAUGACGGCUCCGUGGUUGACGGCUCCGGGGUUCGGCAUGAUUCACAAUUGACCCGUGUAGCCAACUCGUCGGGCGAAAAUGACCCUCAGAUCGAGAUGAGCUUGAACUUCCCAUUUUUCUUCCCUCCACUCAUCGAUCUCUGA